AUGAGCAAAGCCGAAGACGACUAUGAUUAUUUAUUUAAAGUGGUGCUUUCAGGGGACUCCGGAGUUGGGAAGUCCAAUCUGCUACUGAGAUUUACAAAAAACCAAUUUAAUCCAGAUUCCAAAACUACUAUCGGCGUUGAAUUUGCUACUCGAUCAAUUUCAAUCUCUGGGAAGAUCAUCAAGGCCCAGAUUUGGGAUACAGCAGGACAGGAACGCUAUCGAGCCAUUACUUCUGCGUAUUACAGAGGAGCAAUUGGGGCUGUACUAGUAUAUGAUAUAACAAACAAACAAAGUUUCGAAUCUGUGGAAAGGUGGAUAUAGGAAGUGAGGGAGAAUGCAGACAAAGAUAUUGUGAUAAUGAUCAUUGGAAACAAAUCCGAUUUAAAACAUUUGAGAGCAAUAAGAACAGAGUCUGGCCAGGAUUUGGCUCAAAUGUACAAGGUCGCAUUUAUGGAAGCUAGUGCUCAAGAUGGUACCAAUGUAGACUAAGCAUUUACACAAAUUAUACAAUAAAUUUAUCAGAAUCUAACAAAACAGUUGUAAAAGUAUGAUCAGAUGUCACAUUUGCAAGGGGAGAAAUUAGAUUUAGAAAUAACAACCUCUGGGAAUAAAAAGUAAGGGUGUUGUUGA